GUUCACAUAAAGUUUGUGUCCGAUUGACGAACAUGUUUGGAGACUGGUUAUACGUUGCGUUGUUCGCCGUGUUCCUGGGCUCUGAAGCAUCGAUGCUUAACGAUCCGCGCUGCGGUAUCCGCAACAGGCAAAGGAUUGUGGGUGGAAGUAAAGCUGGUUUCUGGCCGUGGCAAGUGCAAAUUCUUAAGNUGAAUAAACACAACAGUGAUUACCAACAUAAAUGUGGUGGCACUUUGAUCAAUAAAAGAUGGGUCUUGACCACCGCUGGCUGCUUGUUUGAGGAUCCUUACCCGACAUUUUACAAGGUCAAACUCGGUCAGUAUGAUCUCAGUAAACCAGAUCCUGGUGAAGUCGAUCUUUCAGUUCAGUCUCUUAUAAUCCAUCGAGAGUUUCUGGCCGAUGGCAGUCGAUCCAAUGAYAUUGCUUURAUAAAACUUGGCAAAGAUGUUGAUCUUGGUCAUGCUGCACGGCCCGCUUGUUUACCUGAUAGAAUGACCCGAGCUCGAGCAGGAGAGAUGUGCUUCAUGACUGGUUGGGGACGAACAUCAARGGGAGGUGCGUUUUCAAACAUCUUACAAGAAACUCAACUUCCAAUUGUCAGUCAUGACAAAUGUUCAGCUAAAAACAAGCCAUUCUCUAGAGUGGAUAAAUGGACCAUGAUUUGUGCUGGCUAUGAUAACAAGCCAACUAGUGGCUGCUAUGGUGAUAGCGGCGGCCCAUUAGUCUGCGAAGARCGUGGUCGRUGGGUUCUACGAGGUUUAGUGAGCUGGGGUGCUGUCAACUGUGAUGGACGACAGGCCUAUUCGGUAUUUACACGAGUGGAACAUUACAUGCAUUGGAUGAUGUUCAGCAUGCUGUUUCCACAGAGACCGUACUCAAGGUGUCGAGAUAACCAUUGGUCCUGUUUCAGCUGGAASAAGAAAGGGCUUUGCACUAACAACUACUUUAAAGAGUCCCUACGCAAGUACUGCCCCGAGACCUGCGGCUAUCGCUGUAAAUGAACGCUUAUUAUUAUUAGAGAAAGAAGAUUUCGUGGAAYACAAGCUAAUCAAGUAAUGCAUUUGGGAUAACGCUUUUGGUUGUUGAUUUUGCAAGCAUUUUGACGUCAAUAAAAGACUURUAGUCAUUGACAUAUCA